AAGAAGGAGGAGGUGAUGAGGAUAAGUAGGCGGGGCUUUCCGCUUGGCCCCACCUAGGGGGCGGAGCUCCCCCUCCCCCAGCAGAAACAGCCGGGCUCUAUAUAACCUGAGUAGUCUUCUCCAGGCAGCCUCAAAGUAAGGGCGACGGGGGGAGACACAUGCAAUAAAAUCAAGGCAAGGUAACGCCGACCCCAUUCAUCCCAGGAGAAGGCCUUCCAGGAGCCAGAGGGUUAUGAGAGCAUCACUGCGAAGAAGGCGCUGAAGCAGGAAAGGCAGGCGUCGGAGGCCGGGAUGACCAAGUCCUUCAGCGAGAGCGGCCUGAUGGGGGACCCCCGGCCCGAGGGCGCCCCCGUCUGGGCCCAGGAGCAGCGGGAGGCGGUCCCCUCGGAGAGGAAAGCCGAGGCCGGCGAGGGGGAGGCGCUGAGGACCGGCGAGGAAGAAGAAGAGGAGGAGGAGGAGGAGGAAGAGCUGGAGGAGCUGGAAGAGGAGGAGGAAGAGGAGGAAGAGGAAGAGGAGGAGGAGGAGGCGGCCGAGGAGGAGGAGGGGGAGGGAGGCGAGGAGGCCAAGCCCAAGCGGCGGGGCCCCAAGAAGAAGAAGAUGACCAAGGCGCGGCUGGAGCGCUUCAAGCUGCGGCGGAUGAAGGCCAACGCGCGGGAGCGGAACCGCAUGCACGGCCUGAACGCCGCCCUGGACAACCUGCGCAAAGUGGUGCCCUGCUACUCCAAGACCCAGAAGCUCUCCAAGAUCGAGACCCUGCGCCUGGCCAAGAACUACAUCUGGGCCCUGUCCGAGAUCCUCCGCUCGGGCAAGAGCCCCGACCUGCUCUCCUUCGUCCAGAGCCUCUGCAAGGGUCUUUCUCAGCCCACCACCAACCUGGUGGCCGGCUGCCUCCAGCUCAACCCCCGCACCUUCCUCCCCGAGCAGAGCCCCGACCUCCCGCCUCACCUCCAGCCUCCCGCCUCCGCCUCCGCCUCCUCUUCCUCCUCCUGCUUCCCCGCGAUGGCCGCCCCCUACGGCGCCUACCAGUCCCCGGGGCUGCCCAGCCCGCCCUACGGCACCAUGGACGGCUCCCACCUCUUCCACCUCAAGGGCCCCCAUCCCUACGGAGCAGCCGCCGCCGCAGCAGCAGCCGCCGCAGCCGCGCUGGAGCCUUUCUUCGAGGGCGCCUUGGUGGCGGCGGAGUGUGCCUCCAGCCCGGCCUUCGACGGGCCCCUCAGCCCCCCGCUCAGCAUCAACGGGAACUUCUCCUUCAAGCACGAAGCCCCCGCCGCCGCCGGCCCCGAGUUCGAGAAAGGCGCCGCCUACGCCGCCUUCGCCAUGCACUACCCGCCAGGAGCCCCAAGCCACGGCGGGCUCUUCUCUUGCGCGGCCUCCCGCUGCGAGGUCCCCCUGGAGAGCCUCCUGCCCGCCGCCUACGAGGGCCAGGGACACCCCCACCACGAGAGGCUGCUCGGGGCCCAGCUCAACGCCAUCUUCCACGACUGAGACAGAGAAAGAGAAACCGCCCCCACCAUCACUACCCCCAGACUCAAGGCUAUGGCAUUCUGGGAAAGUGGGGUGUCUCUCCGAAGGACUAUUCCUAUUCCACAAGAGAUGAAAGACUUGCCUGCAUUGGGGGGAAGAGGGGAAGGGAAAAAGGAAGGAGGGGAACAAACCUACUACAUUUGAUCUUAAGGAAAGGCUUGCAGGAGUGUGCUUUGGCCUCUUCCCCUUUCCCUAAAUCCAAAAGGCCGAGGGAUUAGAUAAAAGGGGAGGAAAAGCCUUCCAAGGCUGAAAGCCAUCCAUGGCUGGGUCUUCCCUUGACAGCCUUUCAGGAGCCUUGGGGGGAAGUUGCAUCGCCCUCUUGGCCUUUUUCUAAAUCCCAGAAGUGAUGUAAAAGGGAGGGGGGAGCAAAGGAGGGGAGAGCGGUGAAGGAAAACCAUUCCAAGGCUGAGGGCCAUCGGUGGUGGCUCUUCUCCUGACAGUCCUUCAAGAGUUGCCUUGGCCUCUUCCCCUUUCUCUACAUCCAAAAGGCCGAGGAAUUAGAUAAAAGGGGAGAAAGGUAGAGGAACUGAGACUCCUCCUGACAGCCUUUCAGGAGGGACUUUGGCCUUUUCCCCUUUCGGUCAUCUCCUCCCCACCCUUCCCUCCUGCUCCGGAUCUAAGCCUCCAAAGGGGAAAAAAACUCCAUCCACUCUUCUCUUUUUCCCUUCCCUUCCUUUCUCCCCUUUGCUUUGAUCGGGAAUACACAAUCGCAAGCAAUAAUUUGGAUCUAUGCAAUUUUUUAAUAAUAAUAAUAAUAAUAAUAAUAAUAAUAAUAGGCCUAGAAGAAGGGCCGGUUUCAAAAUGAUGAUGAUGAUGAUGAUGAAGAAGUAUAUAUCAAAUUUCUAUUUUUCAACCAGCAACUUGUUUUUCCUACUUGCGACCUUCCCCCCCCACCACCACCGGCCCCAGCCGAGUUUAUUUUGUCGUGGGUUUUUUGUACAGAUUUUUAAAAGGACCUCUUUUUUUUU